GCUUUCCCAUGGGGCGCAGCGGCAACUUGCCUUCUGAUUGGCCUGGCUGGUGGGCUGUCUUCGCCAUCUUUGUUACGGGCACUAAGGAUACUCGUUGCUGACUUCACAGUCAGGGCGGAGGCCCCGCCCCACUCGGGCUCCGAGGUGCCCGCACGACGGUUUUUGGCACUGACACCUGCGGGUCUAGCGGUAACGCUCAGUGCUCGCGGUGGGCCUUAUGUGGAAGGGAGGCUGGGAAGCAACAAUCACGUGGUGUUAGGGACCGUCUCCUAAUUCCGCGCCAGCACUGCCAGUGUUUCAGGGGCUGAGGAUCUCUUUGAGCCUGGAGCCCAGCUUCCGGAGAGGUGUAGUAACCUCUAACCGGGCUACGGACUACCGGUACACGACCCUACAGAGACAGCGACAGCCAGGGCUGAAAAUGGGAACCUCAGUAGGGAGUCAGUGGUCUUCAUAUUUUCCGAUUUUAUUUAAUGAUAAUAAAAGUUAAUUCUUUAGUGAAAGCCUACUGGGUAGCAUACAACUCUAUGUUUACCGCCUUGGGUUAUUGCAAAUAUUCAAGGAAAUAAUACAUGCGAAAGAGCCUGGUACAAGUGAGCACUCAGAAAGUGUUGGCUCUUCAUUUUUUCAGAGGUGGCUAACUGCUAAUAGGCGCCACAGCUGGAACCCAGGACUGCCUUCUUUAGUGGCUGUGUCUUUGCUCGCUGAUACCCCUUGUUUCUCCGGCCUCUCGUUCAUUCAUUCAUUCAUUCAUUCAUUCAAGGUCCUGCCCCCAAGAGAUUCUUAGGGGCAUACCGACACAGUUUAUACCCAGCGCUUGUUCAUCUAACAUGGCAUCUAUCGGGAAGGAACAUCCACCUCGCCAGGGUGCUCGCCAUUCACUCCCCCAGGCUCAUUUACUGAGCUCGUUUUAAGAGCAGAGGAGCUGAAGCCAGGCCCAGCUUCACCACUUAGCAGCUGUGUGACCUGGGAAAGUGACCCAUCUUUUCUGUACCUCGAUUUCCUCGUCUGUAAAGUGGAGGGUCACAGGCUGAUGGGAGAGUUGAAGGAAGUAACCUGUCUAGGACCUUUAGCGGGUAAAGUCUGUAGCUGUUCUUUGGCCAAAGGUCUGGCCGUUAAUAAACACAAUAAAUGAUGACAUGUAAUAAUCAUCAUGCCAAGAGAAACGGUGUCGUGCUCCCCAUUUAAGAAAUGAAUAAAGUGAGGCUCGGAGAAGUACAGAAACCUGAGGUCACACAACUAUGAAGUGUAGCUGUGAAGUGUAGCAUACACCGUUUGAACUCCAGCCUCUUUGGCUGUCAAACUACAGUCAGUCCUGUGAAGAGGAUCGUGCCAACCUCUCAACCGCCGAAAAAACGUGAAGGAAAUUAAUCUGUAAAACUCAAGCCUGUGAGAGGGGCUUCUGUGCGCGGGGGAAUUUACAGACGCUCCCUGCUGGUGGGGGACAGCACUACCUGACCUUCAAACGGUCCCGCGGCGUUGGACAGGAGCGCCAGGUGGAGGCUGAGGCGGCAGCAGCCGCUAGACGGGCUGCAGUGGCCAGGCUGCAGCAGAAGCGCCAUGACUGAGUCACCCCCGCGGGGAGCGGAGCGCGACCUUUUCCGGGACACAUGGGUGCGAUACCUGGGUACCAGGCCCCGAAGCAAGCCGCAGCACCAGGGUGACCGUGGCUGUGGUAGACACUUUCGGUGGCAGGCUCUGGCCUCUGUGGCCAUCCCAGGUUUCAUCAUCAACCGGGUGUGUGCAGCCUCUCUCUAUGUCCUGGCACUGCCACCCGUUGGCCUCUGGCUGUGCGCAAGUGGACGACCACUGCACUGGGACUGCUGGUCAUCCCCGUCAUCAUCCACCCCAUUGACAGGUCAGUGGACUUCCUCCUGGACUCCAGCCUGCGCAAGCUCUACCCCUCAGUGGAGAAGCCCAGCUCCUCCUGACCUGGCCUGGAGGUUCGCCCACUCCCUGCUUUGUUCCACCCUCCUCCUCCUGCCAGGGGAUGCGAUGCUUGUCUCCCUGGGGUCCAAGGCCCUGGCACUGAGUGGGUUUGAGCUGGAUGAAAACGGAGACAAAGGCCUCAAGGAGCAGCAGCCACAGCAACUCAGACAGGGGCAGGACCUGACCCCUGGCUGCCUCCAUGAAACUCUAGAUACUGAGAAGGAACGGACCCUGGGUGGGCCCAGCCCCAGCCCUAGCCCUGUCUUUUGCCAGGAAAGUAACAUCCUCCCAUGGAGGAUAAGGAAUAUGGCCAAGAUCACUUGGCAUGCUGGGGACUCAGGCCCCCUGGAAGCUCAGCUAAGUCACCCCAUGGCAGCGUGGCUGGACAGAGGAGCCGCAGGCACUGGGGGAAUGCUGGUGUGCAGCAAUGGGGACCCUGAGGACUGA